AAUAAUAAAGAAGCGUUUCUGAUUAAAAACGCUCUGCUAUUCUGCAUAACUUUAUUUACCAAAAUCCUUGAAUACACAACGGCAGACAAUUUAAUCCCGUGUGGACUUGGCGCCUUUUUCAGAACUUGUCUGCUUAUUUGCUCGUGAAAACUCUGCCUCUACAAGCAUGGACGUGCAAACAGCGAUGCCGUCUGUGAAUAUCUUCAACGAACUUCAAACGGUACACGAGAAAGGAUAUUUCUACGUCUUGCCAUCGCUGGAGGAAGAUUGGCAGCAGACUAGAUUGGAAAUGGAUCGUUAUUUAUGUCCGGAGACAAGCAAGACUGAUGCUACCAUCCACAGUAAUGCUCCAUGGAAUGACAUCCCUUUGACAUUCGAUGUGGAUUGUCUUACAUUACCCGAUGAUUUUAAUAGUAUAAACUCGAAUGGGCUCACUUACUCUCAUACGGCAUUCACGCAAGAGCUACCUGCCAGUCAACCUGUAUCAUACGAAGAAAAUAGCAGCCUAGGUCAGAGCUUCGAAUUCAAGCUAAAACCUUUGUCCGUACAGUUGCCAGAAUGCCAGGAGGAUGGCUCGACGAAAAUCACACACAAUGUUCUUCCACUGACCCCUCCAAGUUCCCCAGAAUCAAAUAACACUACGACAAAAGGUGAUGGGAAUAGGCCAAAACCUAAGCCAUCUCGACUGAACUUGAAGCCAAAUACGUUUAUAGUGAAUAAGGAUUUAACGGAAUCAAAACGGAGAGUCCAUAGAUGCCCUUUCACAGGCUGUAGAAAGGUAUACACCAAGAGUUCUCAUCUAAAGGCUCACCAAAGGACACAUACUGGCGAAAAACCAUACUGCUGCUCCUGGGAUGGAUGUCACUGGAGGUUUGCGCGUUCAGACGAACUCACAAGGCAUUUCAGAAAACAUACUGGAGCUAAGCCGUUUAAAUGUUCCCACUGCGAGCGGUGCUUCGCUAGAUCUGACCAUCUCGCUUUGCACAUGAAACGACACGUUUAAGGAUCGUGUAUUCUUAGUUUUUGUGUUCUGUCAAAGAAGAAGAUCAAGACCAGACUACCUCGCUUUGCACUAACGUAGGCUCAGGUUUCUUUGCAAAAUGAACGACAGGACUUGUGGGAAUUGUGUAUAAUGGACUAUGGAAUGCUUCUUUGCAGGGUGAAAUAGCGUAAUUUGGCUUUGUUUCCUGAUUACCAAAAUAGAUCAGCAGUGUGUUGACUUAGGCUUAUUCCUGAUACAUUCGAAUGCUAUUUUCAUCUCGUUCGUAACGACCUAAAUCGGUUGCUAUGAUCCUUUAUGGCGAUCGAAAAACAAGCAGGCACACGUUGUUUUGUGGGGCGAAUGCGGUACAAGGCUAAAUACGGCCGUGUUUACUCACAAGACAUAAAUGUGACCGUAAUACGAUACGAGCAAUUGCAACAUGUUGUCAACAGUUACAACAGGGCGAGAUAUGCCCACUUCACAACAGGCAGUAUUGGUAUUACUGGAAUUCAACCUCGAAUGCUAUUUAAAGUCUAAACUGUGAUAGCAGAAUCACGUCGUGAAAAAACGCUCGUGUGCGCUCAAAUGUUACAAUAUUGCGUGCCCAGAAUUUUUGCAUUUUUCACGUUCCAGAGUUCUGUGAGAAAUGCGAAAAUCUAGCAUUGACUGAAGAAAUAAUCUGGUGUGAUAUCGACUGUGUAAUUCUAUGCUAUGAGAAAGCUAACUCUGGUAUUGAAAUUGCUCUAUGCAAACAAAGCCGUACACAAUGCGUGAUAUAGAAUAUUAAAUAUUUAAUAGGUCUAGGUUACCAAGAGGAGGUUACUUGAAUUGAAAUAGAAGCAGAAUGUGUGUGUGUUUCAUUCGGUCAGCUGUGAACUACUUCCAUUUGACGGAGUGAUUACCACAACUCGUAUACAUAAAUCAUUUUCGUUGAUGCGCGUUCGACUUUUAACGUCUCAACGAAAAUGAUUUACAUCAAUUGAUACUUGGUUAUUUUUAUAAAUUCGUAUGUAAAUAGUGCAUGCCUUGAAUAUGAGAUAUGAUUCAAAUACAAGCAAGCUUUGAGUAAACAAAAGUGGUGGAUGAAUUAAACCUGGGUAUUUUAAGUAAGGGAGUAAGUUCAGGUAGAAAGAUGAAUUUUUUUUAAACCUUUUAAGCAGAUUUUGAGCUGUCAAAGUUGAGUCUUUGAACGUGAUAAAGAACUUCGGUCAUAGCAUGAAAUUUUUGUUGGAGUUCUUGAUCUUUUGGAGUUUUGGUGUGGUGGGUGGUUUUUAGGCUCGUUGAACGAAUUCAACAUUAGACAAACUAUUUAAAGGAGAUCUUUUAAAAACUCCUGAAAUGAGUCUGUUUCGUGUGGGGUGGAGGGAGUGUGAGCAAGUGUCGUAAACAUAUUGGACAUAACCUUUUGGAGAAGACGUUUGAAUCCGACAGAUGGUUAGCGUUGACCAAAGGUGGUCUUUUGGUGACGGAUAUUCGUGACAUCUGUUGACAUCAUAACGAAACUACUUUAAAUACAGUUUUCG